AUGGCGGAGAAGAAAUACAAGGGAGUACGCAGAAGAAAAUGGGGAAAAUGGGUGUCAGAGAUAAGAGUUCCAGGCUCACAAGAGCGGCUCUGGUUAGGCUCUUACGCUACGCAGGAGGCGGCCGCAGUCGCCCACGACGUCGCUUUUUAUUGUUUACGUCGACCGCUGUCGUUGUCUGGCCUUAACUUCCCCGAACUCCUGCCUCCCAGUUGUGUGAACGCGAAUGUUAUGUCACCAAGGUCCGUGCAAAAAGCUGCCUCCGACGCUGGAAUGGGGAUAGAUGCACAAAUGAAAGUGAGUAGAUCGGGAAAAGAUGUAAGGGAGGUGAAUGAAAGCGGCGUAAUUCAGAGCAUGGAGACGCCGCUUUGGGGGAAUGAUAAUCAAAGUUAUGAUUAUAGGAGAGAGAAGGACCUGAGCAUUUCAGUUGAAGAUUAUGGCCUUAACUUCCCCGAAGUGCUGCCUUCCAGUUGUGUGAACGCGAAUAUUAUGUCGCCGAAGUCCGUGCGAAAAGCUGCGUCGGAUGCUGGAAUGGGGAUAGAUGCACAAAUGAUAGGAAGUAGAUCGGGAAAAGAUGAAAGGGAGGAGAAAGAAAGCGGUGCAAUUCAGAGCCGGGGGACGCCAUUUGGGGAAGUGAUCAUCAGAGUUAUGAUUAUGGGAGCUGUUGAAGAUUAUAGUUAUCGAACUGUUGAAGAUUAUAGUUAUCUCAAUUACUAG